GGUCACGUGUCUCGCUUCGCUGCUCUUUGACUUCACUGCGCUGCAGCCGGAGAGAGUGGUGAGUUCCCAGAAGUAGUUUUCGCAAGCUUGAACCUAACUUUUCUGCUCAAGCUUCAGUGAAAGGUGCACUAUGGGCCGCCUGGAUGGGAAAGUGAUUGUUCUGUCUGCUGCUGCGCAGGGGAUUGGACGUGCUGCUGCAAUAGCAUUUGCGAAGGAGGGAGCUCUGGUCACAGCCACAGACAUAAAUGGAGAGAAGCUGAAGGAGCUGGAUGGUAUUCAAGGCAUCAGGACCAAAGUGGUGGACGUGACUAAGAAGGACCAAGUGGAAGCCCUGGCUAAGGAGCACGACCAUGUGGAUGUGCUGUUCAAUGUUGCUGGGUUUGUGCACCAUGGCUCCAUCCUGGACUGUGAAGAAGCUGACUGGGACUUCACGAUGAAUGUGAACGUGCGGAGCAUGUACCUCAUGUCCAAGGCUUUCCUGCCUAAGAUGUUGGCAAAGAAGUCAGGAAACAUCAUUAACAUGUCAUCUGUUGCAUCAAGCAUUAAAGGUGUCGUGAACCGAUGUGUGUAUAGCACAUCCAAGGCAGCAGUGAUCGGGCUCACCAAAUCCAUAGCAGCUGAUUUCAUUGAGCAAGGCAUUCGCUGUAAUUGUAUUUGUCCUGGGACUGUAGAUACUCCAUCACUGAGGGGUAGGAUCCAGGCCCAACCUGACCCAGAACAGGCGUAUAAGGAUUUUAUGGCAAGACAGAAAACUGGAAGAAUGUGCACUGCUGAGGAGGUGGCGUACCUGUGUGUUUACCUGGCUUCAGAUGAGUCAGCUUAUGUGACCGGCACAGAGCAAAUCAUCGACGGAGGAUGGAGAAUGUGAUGAAAAAAGCCGUGGAAGGAAUCUUUUUUUUUUUAAUGCAAAACCCUAAAUUCAAAUAAAGUGUGCACAAUUGAAAUAAA